AUGUCCUUACCAGAAAAUAAUUUGUUUUUUUGUAUCAUAAGACUCACACUUGUUUUAAUUCUUUUAUCCUUUGGUGGAAUCUUUAAUUUAGCUUUCCAACCCACAUCAUCUAUUUUAUCUAUUUCUGAUUUGUUAGACAAACCAGAGUUCAACAUGACAUCAAAAUUUUCAUUCACUGUGAUUAUGCGUCGUCUUGUGACUUUAUUAUUUAUAUGCAGUUUCUUACAUUCUUCUUUCGAGUUAGGUUUCCCUUUUGGAAUUACAUGCUCAUCACUCGAUUAUUUUCGUUGUCACAAUGGAGAAUGCAUACCAUUCUCAGAACGAUGCGAUGAAUUCGAGGACUGCUUGGAUGGCUCAGAUGAAGAAAAUUGUGACAACUUUGACCUACUUGAGCAUCCUUUCAUCAUCACAUGUGCCAAAGAUGAAUUCCAAUGCAAAACUAACGAAUGCAUACCCGCAGCAAAGUUUUGUGAUGCGAUAAAUGAUUGUCCGGAUAAAAGCGAUGAAUAUGAGGGCUGCGUGGAAAAAUUAAAUUGCACCGGCAAAUUCCAAUGUCAUGACAAACAUUGUAUAUCGGAAGAAUGGGUCUGCGACGGCUCCAAGGAUUGCCCUGAUGGCAGCGAUGAAUGGAAUUGCAAGGCAAAUAAAACAUCAUCCGAGAGUGAUUGUAAAACUAAGAAUUCUCAAUAUUUUUGUAAAAAUCACCGGUGCAUAUCUCUUGAUAAAGUAUGUGAUAACAAGGAUGAUUGUGGCGAUGGGUCAGACGAAGGUUCCAAUUGUACAUCAUUAGUACACAAUUGCACAUAUGCAGGAUGUAGUCAGCAAUGCAAGCAAACACCUAAAGAAAGUGUAUGUUUCUGCAAAUCGGGUUUUAAAUUAGAAGAUGAUAAUCGCACUUGUAGUGAUAUCAACGAGUGUCAGUUUUAUGGCACAUGCGAUCAAAAUUGUACAAAUUUUCCAGGAUCUUACAAGUGCACGUGUCAAGAGGAAUAUUUUUUGCAGAAUGAUACGAGAACUUGCAAAGCCCGUGGUGGUGAGGCUACAUUGAUAUAUGCUACAAAAAACAAAAUUCGCGGAAUGUAUCUGGAUUCAAAAAUACACUUUGAAGUUACGUUAUUUUUAAGUCACAUAGUUGGUGUCGCUAUGGAUGGCGAUUAUACGUAUUAUGGAAAACAAAAAGUGAUUAUAAAACAAUCUUCUCGGUAUGAUAUAAAGAAAUCGUUACAACAGGUUUAUACUUCGGUAACGGAAAUAGUCGUAGAUUGGAUCACGAAAAACAUAUAUUUUAUUGACGAUGGCUAUAAUCAUAUCGUAGUUUGCGAUAAUAAUGCCACAUACUGCGUCAUAUUAAUCAAUGAUAUUCUUGAACCAAAAGGAUUAGCUUUAUUACCAUCUAAGGGAAAAAUGUAUUGGUCUGAUUGUUCCUCGAAUGCUCCGCAUAUUUCAGAGACGGGUAUGGACGGCAAAAAUACCAAAAUUUUAGUUUCCACAAACAUAGUUUGGCCAAAUAGUAUAACUAUUGAUUAUCCAAAUGAUCGUUUAUAUUGGGUGGACGCCAAGUUACAAAUGAUUGAAACAAUACGCUUAGAUGGCACCGAUCGAAGAAUAGUAUUGCACGAUGUAAUACAGCAUCCAUCCUCCUUGGUGACGUUUGAAAAUAGAUUAUAUUGGAGCGAUUGGGAAAGCAAGACGAUACAAUCCUGCAAUAAGUUUAAUGGCAAGGAUUGGCAUAUCUUAAUACGUACGAAUAAUGAACCUUAUGGCUUGUACAUCGAACACUCGGCACUGAAGCGUAAAUUUAACAAUCCAUGUCAUCCUAAUCCGUGUUCUGAAUUGUGUAUGCUGAAUCAGAAUAAAAGUUACACAUGUGCUUGCACUUCAAACAAGGAAUUGGAUACCGAUAAUCACACUUGUCGAGAGAAGAAGAAGGAGCAGUAUUUAUUAAUCGCUACAUUAGGAAAAUUAAUAUACUGUUAUUAUGGGAUGAUAGGAAAGCCAAAAACAAUAAAUAAUCCAAAGUUGACUUUGGACUUUAUAACGAAACUAGCUUUCGAUUCAUCGUCUGGCAAGGUAUAUAUAUGCAAUAACAAUUGGUUAUCGUCGGCGAACGUCACGCGUUAUGAUCCAAGCAAUGAAAUUUUUGAGACACCUUUCACAAUUCAUGCAAUAAUUGAAGCGAUUGCAUUUGAUCAUAUUGGUAAUAAUUUGUAUUUGUCAAAUGCGCUAGAGAAAUCUAUUGAAGUACACAGCAUGACAACCAUGCAGAAAACAGUCCUUUAUUUUCAAGAAAGUCCUUACGAAAUCAUGUUGGUACCUGAGGAAAGCAAAAUGUUUGUGUCAUUCGGAAGUGAAUUGCAUGUCGGAUUUAAGAAAAAUAAAUUAAAUUUGAAGAGAAAUUUUAGUUUAUAUGAGAUGAAUAUGAACGGAUUGGGUUUAAGAAAACUAAUUAAGGAGAACUUGGAAAAUUCACUGAUUGAUGUGCACGUAUCAAUGUGCUAUGACAAAGAUAGUAAAACACUCUUUAUAGGCGAUCACUCGGCUGGUGUAAUUUUAUCUUACUCGAAUGGAAACACACACGUUUUUCGUACCGGAUUAAAGUUUCCUGCAAACCUUGCUGUUGCUGGGGACAAUAUCUUUUGGACCGAACACAAUACGCAAAAAAUAAUAUACUGGACAAAUUUUAAAAUCUCUCCUCCGAAUCAUAAGGGCGUUGCAUUCGAAUUUUCCUCCUAUUCAUUUCUAUCUAUAAUAAGUGUGCACAAAGAACCUAUUAAAGAGGUAAAUGGUUGUCAGAAAAAUAACGGAAAUUGCUCGCACGUAUGUCUGCUUUCUACUGCUACUUCGUUUAUUUGUGCUUGUCCUCCCAAAAUGGUGUUGAUUAAUAAUAGCACAUGCUCUUCAUUGCCUAAAUGUAAUGCGGACGAAUACAUGUGUAGCGAGCAUAAUAUUUGCAUAAAAAAGGAGCAGCGAUGCGAUGGUAAAGUGGACUGCCCGAAUGGUGAAGACGAAACGACAGAUUGUGAAAAACAUUGCGAGGAAAAUGAAUUCAUGUGUAAAGACGGCACGUGUAUUAAUUUAGAAUCUCAUUGUAACACGUUUCUCGAUUGCCCUGAUCACUCAGAUGAGGAGAACUGCGAUAAACCGAAAUGCCAAAGUGAUCAAUUUCAAUGUACCAAUGGAUCUUGCAUACCACGUAUUAAAAAAUGCGAUGGCUUAGCUGACUGUCUUGAUCUCAGCGAUGAAUCAUUUUAUAAUUGUAUUGUAUCGCCUUCCAAACAACACGUGUGUGAAUUGAAUGAAUUCAUGUGCAACGACCAGACGUGCAUUCCGAAGACUUUCGUAUGUGAUGGAGAGAUGGAUUGCAUUGACGCAUCGGAUGAAGCAUCCGAGUUAUGCAAAUCAAAUGAAAAAAAGUGUAAAAAUGAGGAUUUCCAAUGCGCCAAUGGUCAUUGUAUAUCUUUAUCGCUUAAGUGCAACGGUAUCAACGAUUGCUUCGAUGGUAGUGAUGAAAAGUAUUGCUUAGAUGGAAGGUCAAAUCGUUUCACGAAUUGUAGCGAAAAUGAAUAUCGAUGUUUCGAUACUGAAUUGUGUCUCCCGAAAACAGUGAGAUGCAACGGCAAAAAUGAUUGUCCAAAAAACGAUGACGAGCACGAUUGCUUAUUUUGCUCAGAGGACGAAUUCGCCUGCGACGAUCGAAGAUGCAUUCCGUUUUUAUGGGUAUGUGACGGGGAUGACGACUGCGGGGACCGAUUAGAUGAAAAAAAUUGUGAUGGUGACAAGAAAAUUGUCAAUAGGAAUGAGUUAGACAAAUGUAAUGAGUUCAUGUGUAACUCGUAUGAAGACACUUGUCUGCCAUAUAGCAAAGUAUGCGAUGAUAUUCGAGAUUGUCGAGACGGCAGCGAUGAAGGAGGGAAAUGUCAAAACGCAUGUGCGCAGGACAACUUUUGUCAAGGUAUAUGUUAUAAAACACCAAAAGGAGCAGUUUGUGAUUGUCAAGAUGGAUAUCGUUUAGCUGCCGACACGAUUUCUUGUGACGACAUAAAUGAAUGCGAAAACGACGUUUGCUCACAAAUUUGUGUUAAUAUUCCAGGUUCUUACAGAUGUUUGUGCCACGAAGGAUAUGUUAUCCGAAAGGACAAAGUUUCUUGCAAAGCUGUCGGACCGCCAAUGGAAUUAAUCACCGCUACUGAUAUUGAUAUCAGGAAGAUUUCGUCUGACUUAGAGUCAACUGAAGUGAUUCAUUCGUUAUCUGGUUUGAGUGUAAGCAGUCUCGACGUGAACGCCAUUGACGAUUCUGUUUAUUGGAGUAACAGUGAAUUUGGUACUAUUAAAAAAAUGGACAUUAAAACAGGAAAGAUAAAUGCAACUCUGUUUGUCGGGCAGCCUCAUGCAAUCGUAGUCGAUUGGGUUACUAAUCAUGUCUACGUCGGUGAUAGUAAUCUUUCAAGUACGAUUAAGGUAUGCGACUUGGAGAAACAAAGAUGUGCAACGCUAGUCCGGUUAGAAAAUCAAGCGAAAGCGUUGUCUCUCGCAGUUGAUCCAGUUAACAACUGGUUAUUUUGGGCUCAAAUCACUUGGCAAAAAGAUGAACCAUUCAGCAAAAUAUAUCGGACAGAUUUGACAGGUGCCGAUGUGAAGAUUAUCGCUUUUCAAAAUAUAAGCUUUGUGAGUGGAAUGGCGAUCGAUUUUGUAAAAUCUAAAUUAUAUUGGUCGGACAGUUUUCGAAAAACAAUCGAAUCUUCUAAUUUCGAUGGAAGUCAACGUAGCACAUUCUUAAGAACAACAAUAUAUCAUCCUUUAGACAUCAGUAUUUAUGAACAGUCGCUUUAUUGGUUAAUGAGUUCGGAUGGUCAAUUACAAAAUUGUAAACUAUAUGGGGACAAAUCAUGCAAAAUAUUGAACGUAGGAAAGAAUAAUAUUCAAAAAAGUUUCGCCAUUCUACACAUCUCUAGACAAUCGAAAGUUAAGAAUCCUUGCGACGAGCAAAAUUGUGACUACAUGUGCAUUCCAAAGAAGCAUAACGCAAUAUGCAUUUGUGCAAAUGGCGAAUUGAUAAAUCCAAACACUACUUGCUUGAGUGGCGAAAUAACAGUUCCUGCUAAAAGUUAUUUUAAAAAUACACGUUAUUUAAGCAACGUUUAUAGCGUAACAUUAGUCGUAUUGUUCAUUGCUGUUUUGAUGAUGUGUGGUUAUUAUUAUUAUCAGAAAAAUAAGUUAAAAUUUAAAUCAAGUGAUGUUGGUUUUAGCAGCAUUCGCUUCCAAAAUCCAUCAUAUGAUCGAAGAGACGAAGUCGAAGUAACACUCCAAUCCAUAGCUUCAGACUCCUUAUCUCCUGGAGCACACGAAUAUAUUAAUCCUAUGGAUGAUAAAUUGUACAAGACCGCGAUGAAAAGUAUCGCAGGAAACUCUUCGGAAGAAAGAAAUGUUGAAGAGGUAGAAAAACAAGAUCCACUCAUUCAUUUCGUACCUUUGAAAUAAUUUAAUUAAAAUAAAAAAACAUCUCCAAAAUG